CGACGCCUUUUCUCUCUGAGUACUGGAUCUGCAGACUAUGCAAUAGUAAUGGCACAAUCUUCACUCAUCGGCUCCAUCCUUGAACGGAAGCCGACUGCGAAGCCUUCCAAUCCAUCUCAGGCCACCACCAAGACGGGCUUCCCUGCUGUACAACACCGAUCCCAAAGCGCGUUUGCCCGAGCUCGACGCGAUGGUUCAAAACCAGGCACGGAGCGCCUUCGCGAAGUCCCUGUAGUGCAGUCCUCUGUUCAGCCACCACAUCACAAGCCUUUCUCUGGCCCUAGCAAUGCGGAUGAUUGGCGUACGCAGAUGGAAGAAGACAACAGGAAGCAGGUCGCGUCGAUGACAGAGGAAGAGCGCGACCAAGAACGAGCUGAGAUCUUGGGGAAGUUUGGGUCGAAUGUGGUGGAUGUUCUGAGGAAAGCCCGCGCCGCCCGGGAGGGCAAGGUGGUGGCUGGUGGAAGCGAAACUCCAGAGGUCGGUGUGUCGCCCUCUCCUCCAUCAUCCCCUAGUCGACCACGUAUCGGUGAACGGACGAGGUCACACAGCAGUCUCAUAAGGCCGUCUUCCCCCCAAUCCACAUCUGCAGGCAGCACUCGACCGCCAAGCCGCGCUGAGCGUAAAAUCCGCUUCGCGGACCUCACCGCAGGCGAUAUCCAUGUGUACGAGUCGGCUCCUCCAUCCCCUCGAAGGAAAGCCCUUGCCCUCCCUGCACCUUCGGACGGUGAUGGUCCCACCGUCUCUUUGGGCCAGUGGCGAGACAAGAACAGUUUGACGGCCCUGCAGCCUACCGAGGUCGCGCAGAAUGGGGGCACAGAUGAAGGGAAUGACACUAAGAUCGGUAGCCUGGAGGAAGGCACCCCUGAAGACAUCAGACGACGCUUCUUCCCCGCAGCUCCCGCACACGAUCCGUCCUUAGCAUGGAUGCGGGACGACACUGAACAAGACGCCGAGCCCGAGGCUGAACCCAAUGUUCGUUUCGACUUGACAGGCAAUCCCAUACCUCCGCAAGUUGCAUCCAAACUCCCCACACAUCUUGGCCUUCACCACCACGCCGAAGGCUCGCAUGCCGGGUACACGCUGGAGGACAUCUUCCUCCUCUCGCGAUCUACCGUUCCCGCGCAGCGGGCCUCGAUGAUCGGUCUUCUAGCCAAGAUUGCGCAUAAACUCGCGAGGACAUCUGCGGACAGCAAGAAGGGGCUGCCUGAACUCGCUGGCCAGGAGCUCACUCUGAGAAAACGGAUGCUCGCCACAGGGGUAGAGGCGAUGGGGGAGCGCGGUGGCGUCGGCGCUCGUGCGGUCGAGCUCCUCUGGGAAUGCACUGUGUUCUGGGACGAAGGAGUGCAAUUGUUCGACGGUGUCGAGCUCCACGAUCUGGACCUGGGCUCUUCUGCAACAUCAUCUGAAGGCGCCGUCUCCUCCCUGCCCUUGGACUAUAUGCUGCCACAAGUUGCCAACAUGUUCGCCACCGCUGAUCUACCGUCCGAGAGCAUGGUGCAGCUCCUUGAGGUCCUUCAUCGGGUGGCCCAACAUUCGAAUAGCAACGCCGUUGAGAUCGUAGCCGCGAAGGGUCUCGUCGCCAAUACGUUCCAAACAUUCCUCCUCACGCCCAUCCCGCCAACCGCAGGAUCAGCCCUCCCAAAGCCUUUUGCUCUCACAUUCUUGAGGACUUUGGCACUCGCGUCUCGUGAAAAUGCUUCUGCUCUGGUUGGCCCCGCCGACUCCCUUCUCCGCUUCAUCGUAAGCAUCCCCUCCGCGUCUCCCUUUCCCCCGACUCUCGCCACCACCCUGCUCACCGAGACACUCCGUCUGUACGCCGCUUUGGGUUCGUAUGGGAUGUACGCGCACAUCGCGACUACCGCGCAGGAGCACUUCUUGCAAAUCAACCGCUACAUCCUGUCCUCCGAUUGUCAGUCCAAGGACCUUCGUUUGGCGUGGCUCCAGCUCCUCGAGACUUGGAUUGUGUGCGCGCAAGACCCGCAUCGCACAACGCCAAGUCACGAGAUCCUCUGGAGCCAAGUUGUUGGGUGGGGUUGGGCAGAAGAUAUCCUCGCUCUCCGACAACAGCUCACGGACCAGAGCCUAGAAAUUUGGGGGCGCCUAUGGAACGCCGAGGCCGCCUUCCUUGAAGGGGCACGGGUCAAUGGUUCGAAGGGUGGUGAGGAGGAACGAGCGGCUGUCCUAGCCUCCGUGAAGGAGGCCUUCUCGAACGGCGUAGAGAGACGAGUGAUGAACACUGCGGUAAAGGGCGCUCGGGAUGCGCUAGGCAAACUCAGCUCCGGCUUGCGACAGUCUAUCGUCCCAGCCGACCUUCACGAUCUUAGGAAGGUCGGACGCCAUGCAACCGUUCUUGCGGCUGCCAUUCGUCUUUUCCUUGCCUGCACCCCCGGAGCAUCCUCUGAACCUCUCCCGGAGCCGCCGUUCACUUUGCCCUUCGCCGAGCUUUCGCAUAUCUGUGCCGCGACCACGAACCAUCCUCUCUGGACUGGGCUGUUCACUCCUGAGACAGUCCCAUAUACCCACUCCCUCUGUCGACCGCUCUCCAAUCUACUUUCCUACUAUCUUCGAUUGUCGAAGAGUAUUCCCGACAACUCUCCUGCUCUCUGGAUGGCGCAAGCCUUCGCAAUCCUCUGUCGACUAUUUCCUGGGGAUGAAGAAUGCGCGCAACGGGCAGUCACCGACAUCACCGACACGGUCACGGCGGACUUCUUGCAGGCUCGGGGGUGGUCCGUCCCGAGCGAGGUAUGGGACAAGGGCGGCAUGGCCGUCGUCGCUCCAUUCCUGGCGCACACGCUACGCCCAAGGACGGCUGUUCAUGUUGGCCCCGUCUGCGUCACCCCGCGCUCAAUCUCGAUUGCGACCACUCAGAGGCUGCCUCCUCUUUCGUCGCUCAUGCCCAACGAGAAGCGGGAGCUGCGCAUGCCUGUGACGAAGGACUGGCUGUUCUCGCCGUUGGAUCACCUACUGCGGUCCGGAGAGACGAGCGUCUUCAAGCAUCUCCCCGACUCGUGGGAUGCGUCCGAGGCAGACGUCGUGCGCGCGACGUUGCUCCUCGCCCGGGUCAGCCAGGAGGUCCUUGGGUUCCACCAGCUCAGUGGGUUCCUCAUGAGCCGCGAGGAGGUCGCGUUCGGCUGCAUGAAGGUGUUCAUGCUCGAGCACGGACAGCAGCAGGACGACUCGCAAGAAGAGGUCUUCCGCGACAGCAUCGUCGAACGCUUCAUGGGCGACCUCCUCGCGCCGUUCUCCGCGUCCGCCUCCGCGAAGUCGCUGCACACGCCGCCACCAUCAAUCCACAGCGCGGACAGCAUCGACGUCGUCGCGAAACGCUUCCUGGGGAGCGCGGUGCCCUUCUACCAGUGGUACACGGACUUCGUCGGGCUUUAUGAUGCGAUCUCGUUCGCGCACCCGCUCUUCGCGCGCCUGCUGCUAGCCCCGCUCUCGAUGCGCUACCCGGUCGACUACCGCAAGUACCUCUGGGCAGACUACAGCCACGUCAUGCGCACCAUCCGCACGCCACCAGAGGCGGUCGUCACCGGGAACAUCGCGGAGUACCUCUGGCCGGUGGAAACGGAUGCAGAGGUCGUUGGGGCGUACCUGCGCGCGCUCGUCAAGGGCGGGCUUGAUGGCUUCGUUCGGCUUGUCGCGGUGCACCAUGUCGCGUGCCGGAUCUGGCCGGACCUCGGGUCUGAUGGGGAGGAGCGGGCGCAGAAGCUGCUCCAGGCGGUGGUGGACCAGAGCGGGCUCGAGGCCGUGCGGGACAUCGUGCUGUACCGCCAGAACAGGCAGGGGACGAUCAUGCUCCCGCCAGCGUGCUUUGAGCAGCAGGGCGAGUGGAAGGCGGCGAGGUUGGAGUUUGCGGGGAAGUGUGGGGAGACAUUGGGCGAGCGACUGAAGAAUCUCCUAGAAUGAGACCAGUGCGGUAGAUGUAUCGUCGUAAUCACGUUGUAUCGGCGUCGUUGUAUAAGCUAUUUGUGUAUCUGUCC